UUGAUAGUGAUAUAGAUUCAAUAGGAGCCAAGAAAUAAAUCCAGUACUUGAAGGACAAGCUUGAGAAAAGCCCUCAUGUAGUUCAGGUGAAGCAUCACCCUCAUGACCAGCAUGUGGGCCGAGAUAAUUAGCAUCAAGCUACAUACAUCAGAAGGGUUUGGCAUUGCUUAGCUAAGAAAACAAAGCCAUGUGAUCGGAUUCUCCAAUUAGGUGGGUCUCUUUUGAGCACUUCAAGCUUUCUGUUAACAGGGCAAUUCAUCUAUUAUAAAUAGGUUCAACGGCCCUUCGCAAUCGCAUCAUUCUCAACUUGCAAAAUCCAUAUACAAUCCUAGCUCUCAAGUUUCAACAUCUUCUCACUUUCUUUACAUAAAAUGGCAAUCCGGUUUCCUUCUGUACUGUCUACUGCAAAGCAAAUUCUUACUAAAAAUCAGCAAGUAGUUCCAAAGAGGCAUGUCCCAGUAUAUGUGGGAGAGCAAGCUGAUAAGAAAAGACAUGUGGUGCCACUUUCAUACUUGAGUCACCCUGUAUUCCAAGACUUGCUACAGCGCGCUGAGGAAGAGUUCGGGUUUAAUCAUCCCAUGGGUGCUCUUACCAUUCCUUGCACUGAAGAAAUGUUCUUUAAUCUUACUUCUGAACUCAGGUGCUAAUAGAAAUACAACAGGAUGUUUCACUUGUUGCUCAGAUUUUUUUUGGGUUUUAUUAGAUCUAGAUUUACCCAGAAAACGUUGUACAGAAUGAUGUAACUUUUUCCCUCAUCUGAAUCAUUUCAGUGGGUGGUACUCAUUAAUUAGAAAUUCAUUGAUUCAACUUUCAGAUCA